CAGUUGAAGGAGAAGCAAAGAUGGCGAAUCUCGUGGAGGCGACUAGCCGACAGCAGUUUGAGGAGCUCCUCUCUAAAGCCGGGAAGAACCUGACCGUGGUGCACUUCCAGGCGGAGUGGGCUCCUCAGUGCGGACAGAUGAACGACGUGAUGGCCGAGCUGGCCAAGCAGCACGCGCAGGUGGCCUUCGUCAAGAUGGAAGCCGAAUCGGUGGCCGAGGUGUCGCAGAAGUAUGAAGUCUCCUCGGUGCCAACGUUCCUUUUCUUCAAGGCGGGAGAGAAGGUGGACCGCCUGGACGGGGCGCACGCCGCGGAGCUGACCAAGAAGGUCCAGCGCCUGGCCGGGUACGGGGGUCCGGAUGACGGAGGAGCAGCGGCGGGGUCGGACCUGAACCAGCGGCUGAAGAAGCUGAUCAACGCCGGGCCCUGCAUGCUGUUCAUGAAGGGCUCCCCGCAGGAGCCCCGCUGCGGCUUCAGCCGGCAGAUCGUGGCGCUGCUGAAGGAGCACAACAUCCGCUUCAGCAGCUUCGACAUCCUGUCCGAUGAGGAGGUCCGGCAGGGGCUGAAGACCUACUCCAACUGGCCCACGUACCCGCAGCUGUACGUGAACGGGGAGCUGGUGGGCGGGCUGGACAUCGUGAAGGAGCUGGCCGCGUCCGGGGAGCUGGAGAACACCUGCCCGAAGGCCGUGAGCCUGGAGCACCGCCUGAAGACCAUCAUCAACCAGAGCCCCAUCAUGCUGUUCAUGAAGGGCAACAAGCAGGCCGCCAAAUGUGGCUUCAGCAGGCAGAUCCUGGAGGUCCUGAACGGGACCGGCCUGGACUAUGACACCUUUGACAUCCUGCAGGACGAAGAGGUGCGUCAGGGGCUGAAGACUUACUCCAACUGGCCCACCUACCCCCAGCUGUACGUGAAGGGGGAGCUGAUCGGGGGCUUGGACAUAGUCAAGGAGCUGAAGGAGAGCGGAGAGCUGGUGUCUGUGCUGAAGGGGGAGUCCUAGGUGGGCCGGUGUGUCCACCAGGGAUCAGAGAACCUGCUGCACAUCAGCUGUGAGCUCACAGACAGGUCCAGAGUCUGCUUCAGUCAAACACAAAGACAAGAGUUUCCUUUUGGUCCUCAUGUUCAGGCUGUCAGGAACAGGAAGCUGAAUCCAUCCACAUCAUUUAGACUUUGGUUCUGGAGAAAAACACUGAAAACUUCCAACUUUAUAUUUUCUGUUUCCAUCCCUCCCUCCUGCAGUAAACUCAUCUUCUGUAACCACCUCAUGCUGGUUUCUUCACAACAUUGUAAUUAAACAUUUAAAGCCA